GUUGGGACCUUCGGGAAAACAUGAUGUUUGCUGAGAUCCCACCCUCGCGCAGCCCCAGCCCGGCCAGGGCUUUAGUGGGACGAGGGAUACACGUACAGCAGCAGCACGCACGGACCCCGGCUCGUGCCCGGCUCCCCAGAAAAGGGAGUCCCUGAGGGGGCUCCUUCUGUGUGUCCCCACGCGGACUUUCUGCCUUGUCCACAGAGCUCCUGUUUGGCCAAGCCCGGGCCCAGCCUCGCCAGGUGAAUGGUGUCCUGGGAGGGUCCGUCCUGCUCUCCCCGGCUCUGCCCCCCGACGCGAGGGUGAGGGAAAUCGAGUGGAGCUUUUCGGCCGGCACCGGCACAACGAUCCAGGUGGCGGAGUUCAGCCCGGGCAGGUUUGAGCGCCCCGACCCCGGCGACCGCUUCAAGCAGAGGCUGGAGAUGUUCAACGAGACGGCGCUGCGGAUCGGGGCGCUGGAGCUGGGCGACAGCGGGGUCUACGGGGCUCGGAUUAAAUUGCACCCGGCGCUGGUGGAGGAUCAGUCCUUCAACCUCUCUGUCUAUGAGUCAGUGCCAAGCCCCCGGACCCGCAGUCAGGUCCUGGCCAGCACAGUGGAGUGGUGCAACCUCACGCUGCAGUGCCAGGGCUCGGGCAAGGGCGCCGUGAACGUCACCUGGAAGAAGGGCAACACCACCCGGGAGCUGGGCUCCGACCGGCACCAGCUCUCCUCGGACGGGACUGUGCUGCGCCUGGCCCUGCCGCCCAGCGCCGCUAACGCCACCUACGUCUGCACCGUCAGCAACCCAGCCGAUCAGAAGGUCGUCUUCUUUGACCUGCAAACUAUCUGCCAAGGCGAAGGGGGACAGACAUCCUUCUCGAAGUCGGGAUACAUCGUGCUGACCCUCAUCCUGUUGACCGUGAGCAUGGGGGGAGCCUUCUGGUGCUGGCGGCUGAACAGCGAGAAAUCGGCAGACCCAG